UUGGAUUUUCACUUAGAUUCUGGAGGGUUUGACUGCAUGGUGCCACAAGUCUCUGGGAACACACACUCAACACACCGCUGACUGAACAAGCCUGGUCUCGGCCAUCUCUUCACUUCUCACCCUGAGCUACUGCAUGUCUAAUAUUUAGACAUGUUCGGCUUUGUGGAUUCAAGGACUGUUCUGCUACUUGUAGCAUCGCAAGUUGUUUUACUAUCCGUGGUCAGAUGUCAGGAGGAGGACGACCAGGAGGCAGGUGGCUGCAUCCAGGACGACCGGCAGUAUAAUGAUAAGGAUGUGUGGAAGCCCGAGCCGUGUCGCAUCUGUGUGUGCGACAGCGGAGCGGUGCUGUGUGAUGAGAUCAUCUGCGAGGAGAUCAGAGAAUGUGCCAACCCUCUCAUCCCAUCCGGAGAGUGCUGCCCCGUCUGCCCCGCUGACGCCAGCGCCCCCUUUGAGACAAUUGGUGCUCAGGGCCAAAAAGGUGAACCAGGAGAGAUUACAGAUGUUGUCGGACCAAAAGGACCACGGGGCCCCAUGGGCCCCUCAGGUGAGCAGGGAGGACGCGGAGAAGCUGGCGAUAAGGGUGAUAAGGGAAAUAUUGGACCUCGUGGAAGAGAUGGGGGGCCCGGCAUCCCUGGGAACCCCGGAGCCGCCGGCCCACCUGGACCAGCAGGACUCGGAGGGAACUUUGCUGCUCAGAUGGCCGGAGGCUUUGAUGAGAAGUCCGGAGGCGCUCAGAUGGGCGUGAUGCAGGGGCCCAUGGGUCCCAUGGGCCCUCGUGGACCCCCUGGACCCAGCGGGGCUCCUGGCCCACAAGGUUUCCAAGGUGGGCCUGGAGAGGCCGGAGAGCCCGGUCCCGCUGGAGCACUGGGACCUCGUGGACCAUCUGGACUUUCUGGAAAACCUGGAAGUGAUGGUGAUGCUGGAAAACCUGGAAAAGCUGGUGAGCGUGGACCUGCAGGGCCUCAGGGAGCUCGUGGAUUCCCUGGAACCCCUGGACUUCCUGGAAUCAAAGGACACAGAGGUCACAACGGUCUGGAUGGAGCAAAGGGAGAGACCGGUGCCGCGGGAGCCAAGGGCGAGGCCGGUUCCUCCGGAGAGAACGGCGCCUCUGGACCCAUGGGUCCACGUGGUCUCCCUGGUGAGAGGGGGCGUUCAGGAGCCGCCGGAUCUGCUGGUGCCCGUGGAAAUGAUGGCUUGCCCGGUCCUGCUGGUCCACCUGGGCCCCUUGGUCCUGCUGGAGCUCCCGGUUUCCCAGGAUCUCCAGGAUCCAAGGGAGAAGCUGGUCCGACUGGAACCCGUGGAUCUGAAGGAGCACAGGGGCCUCGCGGAGAGUCCGGUACCCCAGGAUCCCCCGGGCCCUCCGGAGCAUCGGGCAACCCCGGUACUGACGGUAUUCCUGGAGCUAAAGGAUCCGCCGGCGGCGCCGGUAUCGCUGGUGCUCCCGGAUUCCCCGGACCUCGUGGCCCACCCGGACCGCAGGGAGCCACCGGGUCUCUGGGGCCAAAGGGACAGUCUGGAGACCCCGGGCUUCCUGGAUUCAAAGGUGAAGCUGGACCCAAGGGAGAGCUUGGCCCCAUCGGUCCUCUCGGAGGCCCCGGCCCGUCUGGCGAGGAAGGAAAGAGAGGCGCCAGAGGAGAGCCCGGAACCGCCGGACCACUCGGACCUCCAGGAGAGAGAGGAGCUCCCGGUAACCGUGGUUUCCCAGGUCAGGACGGUCUUGCUGGUGCUAAGGGGGCCCCUGGCGACCGCGGUGUUCCUGGUGCUGCUGGGCCCAAAGGUGUCGGUGGAGACCCCGGACGCACAGGAGAGUCCGGCCUCCCCGGAGCCAGAGGUCUCACCGGCCGUCCCGGAGAUGCCGGUCCUCAAGGCAAAGGCGGACCCUCUGGAGCCGCUGGCGAGGACGGGCGCCCCGGCCCACCCGGCCCUCUGGGAGCCCGGGGCCAGCCGGGCGUGAUGGGAUUCCCCGGCCCAAAGGGAGCCAAUGGUGCAGCUGGAAAGGGAGGAGAGAAGGGUCUCGUGGGUCGUCCUGGUUUGAGAGGUCUGUCUGGAAAGGACGGAGAGACGGGUAAUUCUGGACCUUCUGGCCCCGCUGGGCCCGUCGGAGAGAGGGGGGAGCAGGGACAGCCCGGACCCUCUGGCUUCCAGGGUCUGCCUGGACCCUCUGGGGCCCCGGGAGAGGGAGGAAAACCCGGAGACCAAGGUAUUUCUGGAGAGGGCGGAGUUCCCGGUGCUGUUGGACCCAGAGGGGAGCGUGGUUUCCCUGGUGAGAGGGGUGGUGCUGGAGCUCAGGGUCUUCAGGGACCUCGUGGAAUUCCCGGAACAUCUGGAUCUGACGGACCCAAGGGAGCCAUUGGACCUUCUGGCUCUGCUGGAUCCCAGGGCCCCCCCGGCCUGCAGGGUAUGCCUGGAGAGAGAGGAACUGGUGGAAUCACAGGAGCCAAGGGAGACCGAGGUGACAACGGACAGAAAGGCCCCGAGGGAGCUUCUGGAAAGGACGGAGGAAGAGGUUUGAGCGGUCCCAUCGGCCCUCCUGGCCCAUCUGGACCCAACGGCGCCAAGGGUGAAACUGGAAUCGCUGGCCCUAAUGGUGCUACUGGUGUCCGUGGUGCUCCUGGCGACCGUGGAGAGGUCGGUCCUCAUGGGCCCGCCGGCUUUGCUGGACCUCCUGGUUUGGAUGGUCAGCCCGGUGUGAAGGGAGAGCUCGGAGAGUCUGGACAGAAGGGAGAAGGUGGUUCUCUUGGACCUCAGGGGCCAUCUGGGGCACCCGGACCUGUGGGACCCACCGGGGUAACUGGAUCUAAAGGAGCACGUGGUGGUCAGGGUGCUGCCGGUGCUACUGGUUUCCCUGGUGCCGCUGGCCGAGUUGGAUCUCCUGGCCCCAACGGCAACCCGGGCUCUGCCGGCCCCGCUGGCUCCGCCGGUAAAGACGGCCCAAAGGGCGCCCGUGGCGACGCCGGCCUCACGGGAAGACACGGAGACGUCGGUCUGCGCGGAGCUGCGGGCUCACAGGGAGAGAAGGGAGAGUCCGGAGAGGACGGGCCACCUGGUGUCGACGGGCCUUCAGGUCCGUCGGGUCUGGGCGGAUCUCGCGGUAUUGUUGGCCUGCCCGGUCAGCGUGGAGAGAGAGGUUUCGCUGGUCUCCCUGGACCUUCUGGAGAGCCUGGUAAACAAGGAUCCUCUGGAUCCUCUGGUGACCGUGGACCUCCUGGGCCCGUGGGACCCCCUGGACUUUCUGGGCCUUCUGGAGAGACCGGCAGAGAGGGUACCGGUGGAGCCGAUGGACCUCCUGGUCGAGACGGAGCUCUCGGAGUCAAGGGAGAGCGAGGAAACACCGGUCCCGCCGGCGCCCCCGGAGCUCGCGGCGCCCCCGGAUCCACCGGACCCGUCGGACCCCUCGGCAAGCAGGGAGACAGAGGAGAGGGCGGCGCUCAAGGACCUGCAGGACCUUCUGGACCCAGCGGCGCCAGAGGGAUGGCUGGACCCCAAGGACCACGUGGGGACAAGGGAGAGAGCGGCGAGACUGGAGAGAGGGGACAGAAGGGCCACCGCGGCUUCACCGGUCUGCAGGGUCUUCCCGGACCCCCGGGUUCUGCUGGCGACUCCGGAGCCGCCGGACCGGCCGGAUCCAGCGGAGCGAAGGGACCAUCUGGACCAUCCGGACCUGCUGGCAAAGACGGAUCAAACGGUCAGCUCGGCCCCAUCGGACCCCCCGGCCCUCGUGGACGUUCUGGAGAAAGUGGCCAAUCUGGUCCUCCUGGUAACGCCGGGCCCCCUGGCCCACCCGGUCCUCCCGGCCCGGGCAUCGACAUGUCGGCCUUCGCCGGUCUGGGUCAGAUGGAGAAGUCCCCCGAUCCUCUCAGGUACAUGAGGGCCGACGAGGCCUCCGGCUCCCUGAGGCAGCACGACGUGGAGGUGGACUCCACGCUGAAGACGCUCAACAGCCAGAUCGAGAACCUGCGCAGCCCCGACGGCAGCCAGAAGAACCCGGCUCGCACCUGCAGGGACCUGAAACUGUGCCACCCCGAGUGGAAGAGCGGUAACUACUGGGUGGACCCCAACAUCGGCAGCAUCGCCGAUGCCAUCAAGGUCUUCUGCAACAUGGAGAGCGGAGAGACCUGCGUCUCCCCGAGCAUCGCCGAGGUACCGAGGAAGAACUGGUGGACCAGCAAGGGCAAGGACCGCAAACACGUCUGGUUCGGAGAGACCAUGAACGGAGGAUUCCACUUCGACUACGCCGAAGACGGCCCCAUCGCCAACGCCGCCAGUGUCCAGCUGACCUUCUUGAGGCUUCUGUCCACCUCGGCGUCCCAGAACCUCACGUACCACUGCAAGAACAGCGUGGCCUACCUGGACCAGGCCACGGGGAACCUGAAGAAGGCCCUGAAGCUGCAGGGCUACAACGACGUGGAGCUCCGCGCGGAGGGCACCAGUCGCUUCACGUACACCGUGUUGGAGGACGGCUGCAAGAAACACACUGACCGGUGGGGCAAGACCGUCUUUGCGUACAAAACACAGAAGACCUCCCGUCUGCCAAUCGUGGACAUUGCUCCCAUGGACAUCGGAGGAGCGGAUCAGGAGUUCGGAGUGGAAGUCGGCGCGGUCUGCUUCUUGUAGAAUGGAAUAUCACGAUGGCCCCCCUAACCCUCGAAGAAAAGAAGAAGAAAAAACCACCGGAAAAUAAACAAACUCAACCAUGAAACAUGACACACAAACACACACACGCGUCCACAAUAAAGAAGACGGGAAAUUUAUAGGAAAAAAAUGAAGAAAUUGAUACUUUUUUUUACUUCCUCUCACAACGAAGUGCUCUCCAAAGUCGUACUCCCUGGACGUCAGCACCCCCUGGAGGGCAUCGGCAAUAUCUGUACACCACACCGGCGUUCUCUGUCGACCCCUGCCCCCUGAGAUCCAGUCGUGUUCCCCAAACCCCCCCCCCCCCCUUCAUCCCCCACCCACGGCCCACAAGUUGACGGGAAUGAGUCAGAGCCGGGAGGAAGAGGGACCGAGCGAACAAGUUAUGGAGAACAGAAACAUGACUUGAUGUCACUUAUUUAUUGUCUAACCUGAGUGGGCAGAGUUGAGGUCGGACUGGACGGGUUUACUUUGUAAGACAAGCCCCCCUUUCCACUACAGAACAGCCGCACAGCCUCUGUCCCAGUCCUGCUCCACCUCCCUCCAAAUACACCACAAAUACGGCAUUUUGAAUCAGUGUAGACCAAAAGAAAUAUCCUCAGUAAAACUCUAACCCAUGGUGAGCAGGAGUAAGAAAACCCCUUUACUGUGUAUUAUAAAUCCUUUGGUUUCAUUGUUGUAAAAAUCUGUGUUUAUAAACAACCAGAUGGUUUUUAUAUAUAUUUCCACAUUAUUGUGUGUACAUGUGUCUUUUAUGCACGCCAAACACUUUUUUGGGGGGAAAGUGAGGUUACAUUUGGGAUGUGUGUGUGUUUCAACGUCCCCGUACCCGUCAGAGGAAAGGACCAGAUCUCAUCCCUCAAAAAGGAGAGAAGAGAAAAUUUUUGUUUUUUUUAAAUCAGUUGAGGGAAUUUUUUUUUCAAAUGUCUUUUUAUUGACGUCAUCCAGAUUGUUUAAAGCUACCUCACGCUGAAAAACAAAGUGAAAAUGUCGAGUUUAAAUCUGAGCUGAUCAAAAUAAAAUUGCUUUCAGUUGAAUCUGGGGCUGUACGGCCAUCUUUGCUUUGCUCUCUCUCUCUCUUCAGAAGGUGCUAUGAGUUCUGGAAUUCAGCCCCCCCCCCCCCCCCAAACCCCAAUACCCACUUGCCUCACACCACACACUCACACUCCGCCCUGGACGAGGGGUGCAGUCGGGAUAAGACGGGGGAGACGGGAUACACCAGGGUGGGUUGUCUCUGUGUGUGUGUGAGGGCGUGUACAUUUUUUGAAUUUAAUUUUAUGAGGAUCAUUUUUUGUUUUUAUUUUGUCACACUUCGAAUUUAUGUAAAUUGGAGAGAAAAAAAUAAAAUAAAAAGAAAACCGAA